UUCCUGCGUUUGGCUCCUGGUUGGGAGCUAUGGCAGCAGAGCAGGGGGAAGGGUCGAACGCAGCGGGAGGAUCGAAUGGAAGCGUACCGGAAGACAAAGAAAAGUUCGCAUUUACCGGGCAAGUUCUCACGGCAAUAGUUGUCACUGCUGCUGCCGGCAGCAUUUUCGGAGCACGACGGUUUAGGAAAACCAUGACCGACACGGUGUCCAGAAACGCCCAGCGGCGUAAGGCUGAAGCUGAAAGCGCGGCGAGGGCGGCAAGGGACAGGGCUGCUGCCAGGGCUAAUGCGGGGGGGGCCGCGGAUGGUCACCCGUUCCCCGGAAGGAUACCCAAGGGGUGGGAGUUCGACGACAGCAGGGAGGCGGCAUUUGCCGAACAGCGGUUGAAUUCUCAGGUGGUGCAACACUUGUCGGCGUUAGGCGUGAGAAGUUUCGUGGCGGGAAGCGACGAGGUCAAGGCUGCGUACCGUGGGAAGGCAAUGGCCCUUCAUCCGGACAGGAGGAGUGCCGAUUCUUCGAAGCAGAGCGGCCAGGAGUUCAUGAAGGUGGCCGCGUCGUACGAGUGGUUGGACAAGAACUACUUCAGGAGACGCCCCCUCUAACACUUAAGGCACCCGGUUGUAUUCUGAACCGUGUAUUAUGUUUUUGGCUUUUUUUUUGUUUCGUUAUUGGCCGCAGCAAGGUCGCGGUGCGCUCGGUAGCGCGUACAGAACAGCAUAUUUCCUUCUGAUUUAUUAUCAUCUGUCCGUUGUCGUUGAUGAUUUGUUGAAGAAAUACACGCCUGUUACGUAUCGUAAUAAGAAAAGACUACAACCGUUUCGAGGACAGCCGUACCUCGCUCAAAAGUCUGUGUUUAGAGUUCAUUGUUCAUCACAGUGAGGGUUGUACGGCCGCAGCAGCAGUCGUGAUCUUGGCGUUUUCGCACGAGGAUGUUUCUCUCGUGGAGGCUUUUUCGACGUUGUAGCGUGUGGUGUGUAGAUGACGGGUUGACUAGCGUGUGUGGGUGGGAGAGGUGGAGUCGGGCACACCGGUUGACCCCCUGUCGUGUAGAGGAAGUUCUGAGAACGGAGCUACCUGGUGAGGUGGCUGUCAUUUCGGGGCGAGGGGGAGGGGUGAAGUCCUCGGGUGCUUGUGGUACACACGCCGUCGCAACACCACACGUGGUGGCAGUAGGCGAUGGAUUCCUGUGGGAAUGUCAAGCGUUCGGGCUGGUUUUUAACAGCAGUAGUAAAUUGCUACGAUAUGGAGAACCGAGUUUUGGGGGUAAUGUACGGAUGGAUGUAAGCGAGUCAAGAUCGUUUUUCGCGGCCACGAUAAAUAUGUGUUGUACACGGCGGUACCGUCCCAGAGAAGAACGGAUCGUACUUACACCGUAGUUAGAAACCAAACGAGAUCAUCGAAGCGAUGAGAGACUCCUGCUGUCGGAAGAAUCAAGGUGUUCAAAGUGGGAACAUAAAAACAUCGUUUUUGCCCAGAUCUCAUUCAAGUUGGGCACGCGAAAGAUACGUACAUGUUCGUGUGUCGAGAGCGUCGUGGUCUGCUCUCACACGUUCGUGUAUGAUGUGGCAAGGGUUGCGGCCUGCGCCGCCUGCAACCAAUCGAAGCAGUCAGCGCUAUGGCCCGUGCCUGUGUUUCGUCAAAUGAUAUUUUGAAGUAAUUCAUCGUCUUUUUUUCGUGCGUCCUUUCUCUUGGGAUCAUUCCCACAGGCAACUUGUGCGCCGGGCCUCUACCGUCACAGUACACCCACACGCAACAAACACUGGUGCCAUCAAAGGGCACGCAAACGAACCACCGCUGGUUAGUGGCUUUCGUUUUGUCACAGGAAGUGGGCCCAUACCCACCACCCUGUUUUCUGUUUCACAAGCUCUGCAUGUCGUUCGGAAGUCAUCAUCAUUGCGGCAGCGUCGUCGGCCCUCGAUCUAUGCCGCUCGGCAGUCCGUCGAAGGAUAUCUCCAACCCAACUUGCCAAGGCAAGGCAGUAGUUCAUCCAGCCAUCCUUCU